AUGACAGAGCUGAAGGCAAAGGCGUCCGGGGCUCCCCACGUGGUGGGCGGCGCGCCCUCCCCCGGCCAGGCCGGCUCUGCGCUGCUGGGGCGCCCGGACGCCGGCCCCUUCCCGGCCGCGGGCCAGACCCCGGACGCCGCCGCCGCGCCCGGCUGCCUGGGCGGGCUGCCCUUCCCUCGGCUCUGCCGGGGGCCCGACCCCGACCCCGACCCCGACGGCAAGGCGCUGUCCCACGCGGAGGGCGCGUACCCCAGAGUCGGAGCCACAGGAGGCGCCGGGAGAGCCCCCGAGAAGGACAGCGGGCUGCUGGACAGCGUCCUGGACACGCUGCUGGCGCCCUCGCCCUCGGGCCCCGGGCAGAGCCACGCCAGCCCUCCCGCCUACGAGGCCGGCGGCCCCUGGUGCCUGUUUGGCCCCGAGCUCCCCGAGGGGCCCCCGGCGGUGCCCGCCGCCCCGGCCGGCGCGCUGCCCGCGCUCAUGAGCCGCCCGGAGAGCAAGGCGGGCGGCGACGGCGCCUACAGAGCGCUGCCCCGGGGGCUGUCCCCGAACCGGCAGCUGCUGCUGCCCCCGGCCUCCUCCUCCGGCCACCAGCCCUGGCCCGGGGCCCCGGGGAAGCCCGCCGCGCUGGAGGUGGAGGUGGAGGAGGGGGGCUCCGGGUCCCCGGGCGCGGUGGCAGCGCUCCUGAAGGGCAAACCCCGAGCCGAGGGAGGAGCCGCCCCCGGGGCCAGCGCGCCCGGGGCGGCCGAAGGAGGCGGCGCCCUGGUCCCCAAGGAGGAUCCCCGCUAUUCGGCGGCGCCCCCCCGGGUCGCUCUGGCGGAGCAAGAGCCGCCGCCGCUGCCGGCGGGGCCCGGGCGCCCCCCGGUGACCACCAUGGUGAUGGAUUUCAUCCACUUGCCCAUCCUGCCCAUCAACCCGGCCCUGCUGGCCGCGCGCACCCGGCAGCUGCUGGAGGGGGCGGACGGCUCGGACGGCGGCGGGGUCAGCGCCUUCGCCCCGCCGCGGGGCUCCCCCUCGGCCUCGUCCCCGCCGGGCGCCGCGGGCGACUUCCCCGACUGCGCGUACCCGCCCGAGCCCGAGCUCUACGGCGACUUCCAGCCGCCCGCGCUGAAGAUCAAGGAGGAGGAGGAGGGCGCCGAGGCCGCCGCGCGCUCCCCGCGCCCUUACCUGGGGGCCGGCGCCGGCCCCGCCGUCUUCCCGGAUUUCCCGCUGGCGCCGCCGCCGCUGCCUCCUCCUCCGCGGGCGCCGUCCUCCAGGCCCGGGGAAGCCGCCGGAGCCUCCGCCUCGUCCUCGGCGUCCGCGUCCCCGUCGGGGUCGGGGUCGGCGCUGGAGUGCAUGCUGUACAAGGCGGAGGCCGCGCCGCCGCUGCCCGGCCCGUUCGCGCCGCAGCCCUGCAAGCCGCCCGCCGCCGCCGCCGCCGCCGCCGCCGCCGCCGGGGCGGGCCCCGCGCUCUACCCGCCGCUGGCUAUCAACGGCAUCCCGCCGCUCGGCUACCCCGCCGCCGUGCUCAAGGAGGGGCUGGCGCCCGUCUACCCGCCCUAUCUCAACUACCUGAGGCCAGAUGCCGAAGCCAGCCAGAGCCCACAGUACAGCUUCGAGUCAUUACCCCAGAAGAUCUGCUUAAUCUGUGGGGACGAAGCAUCGGGAUGUCAUUAUGGUGUCCUCACCUGUGGGAGCUGUAAGGUCUUCUUUAAAAGGGCCAUGGAAGGACAGCAUAAUUACUUGUGUGCUGGAAGGAAUGACUGCAUCGUUGAUAAAAUCCGCAGGAAAAACUGCCCAGCAUGUCGCCUUAGGAAGUGCUGUCAGGCCGGCAUGGUCCUUGGAGGUCGAAAGUUUAAAAAGUUCAAUAAAGUCAGAGUGAUGAGGGCACUAGAUGCGGUCGCGCUCCCACAGACAGUGGCCAUUCCAAAUGAAAGCCAAACCCUAAGCCAGAGGAUCAGUUUUUCGCCAAGUCAAGACUUACAGUUGGUCCCCUCGCUGAUCAACGUGCUACUGAACAUUGAACCAGACAUGGUCUAUGCAGGACAUGACAGCUCCAAACCUGAUACCUCCAGUGCUUUGCUGACGAGUCUUAACCAACUAGGCGAGAGACAGCUUCUUUCAGUGGUCAAGUGGUCUAAAGCACUGCCAGGUUUUAGAAACUUACAUAUUGAUGACCAGAUAACUCUCAUCCAGUAUUCUUGGAUGAGCUUAAUGGUGUUUGCACUAGGUUGGAGAUCCUACAAACAUGUCAGUGGAAAGAUGUUGUAUUUUGCACCUGAUCUAAUAAUAAAUGAACAGCGGAUGAAGGAAUUAUCAUUCUAUUCAUUAUGCCUUACCAUGUGGCAGAUUCCACAGGAGUUUGUGAAGCUUCAAAUUAGCCAAGAAGAGUUCCUCUGUAUGAAAGUAUUGCUACUUCUUAAUACAAUUCCUCUGGAAGGCCUAAGAAGUCAAAACCAGUUUGAAGAAAUGAGAGCAAGCUACAUUAGAGAGCUCAUCAAGGCAAUUGGUUUGAGGCAAAAAGGAGUUGUCUCUAGUUCACAACGUUUCUACCAUCUUACAAAGUUUCUUGAUAACUUGCAUGAUCUUGUUAAACAACUUCAUCUGUACUGCUUGAAUACAUUUAUCCAGUCCCGGGCACUGAGUGUUGAAUUUCCAGAAAUGAUGUCUGAAGUUAUUGCUGCACAAUUACCCAAAAUCUUGGCAGGGAUGGUGAAACAUCUUCUCUUUCAUAAAAAGUGAAUUUAAUUUUCACUUUUAAAAAUUAAGUGUUGUGGUAUAUCUGUUUUUGUUUGGAUCAGGAUUAUGAGGUCUCAAGUUCUUACAAUGUUCUUCUCAAAGCCUUACAUUCAUGUCAUACUGUAUAAAUUCCAGAGAAAAUUGUGAGAUUUUAACUUUUUUCAUUUAUAUGGUAUAAUUAGAAUUUUAAGUGUUUUGUGUACACAUAUUUUCUUUAAGAGUUUACAAGAAUGAAAAAGUACUAAAAUUUAUGGUUAGGUAAACAUCAUCUUAUCCAUAUUAUUCCAUAUCUGCUUUAGAGAGAAAAAAAUCUUACAUGUAAUACUAAGAAAGCUAUUAUAUAUGUUCCUUCUAGGCAGAUCCUUUUGUCUCCUUUAUUAUUUUUUUUAAAUGGACAUUUCAAAUGGUAUGCAAAAUUUUGUCUACAUGAGUGUAUAUACAUUUUUGUUAGAAGGAAAUUUAUAACCUUUAACAGAUUUUCAAGAGUUUUUAAAUGCAGAAAAUACAUAGAGAAAAGGAGUUUAAAUUUUUGAAAUAGAUUGAUGUUCCUAAAACUAGGAAAAGUAGCUCAUAUAUAAGACUAUUUCCCAGUCUGGGGACAUAAAUCUCUAAAGAAGUUAUUAAGUAGAGCCAUAGUAUUAUGACAAUAGUAUUGUGGGGUUUAUAGUUUUUUGGUUUUUUUUUUUUUUUUUUUUACUAACUUUUGGGAAUUGUCCUCUAGUAAGAUAUUAUGAAUUGAAAUGGGAAGUCAGAAGAGUUGAUGGCCUAAUUCCACUUUUUACUUGAGAGCAUGUGGAAAGUCACUUUACUGGUUCUCAGUUUCCUCACCUUUAACUCUGGUGAAAUAAUAUCUUUAUUGCAAAAUGUUCCUUUUGAUUAGAGAUUCUUAUUAACAUCUUCUCUAAUCCAAGAAGCCAAAAAUGGAGGGAGAGAGGGAGGGAGGGAGGGAGGGAGAGAAGAAAGGAGGUAGGGAAGGGAUAAAAAGAGAGAAGUAUUAUUUUCUUACUCUACUCAGUGAAGCAUAAUAGACUAACCACAUGUUGAAACUUUUUGAGUGCCUUUGAUCUAAUUCUAAGAGAGAUACUUCAGGGAAUACUAGAUACUGUCUUAAAGUAAUGCAGCCAAUUAUAAUAACUAGAAAACACAAUUUUUAUUGUCACAUGAAUGAAAAAUAUUCUUUUAGAUGAGUUCUUUCCUGAGAUGAGUCACUGAAGAUCUAUUUUUUUUCAAAGGAUAUAUAUAUAUAAAGAACUAAUACUAAGUUCAUUCAUAGCACUGGUAAAGUUCAAUUGAAAUCAAUCAUUGUUUUCUAGAUAAAGUAAUUUAUACCAAAGGUAUAUAUAUUUGCCUAUUAUAGAUCAUGUAUAUGCUACAUAUAUAAUUUUUAACAACCCAGAGAAAUUAGUACACCCAAUUCUUUUUUUUUGAAAUGUCUUUAAAGUUAGACAUUACCUGACAAAUAAAAAUGCCUCCUUAUGCAAAUUAAUAGUUGUUAAUGAGAAAAAUAAAAAUAACUUCUAAAAGAAUAUAGAAAGCACUGAAGUUUGAUUUCUUAAUGAGUUUUCAAUUAUUCAUUCCAUUCAACUGAUAAAUACUUACAGUUUAACAAGGGACACAAGCAUAGAAUAAUAUUCAUGAAUGCUAGUGUGACCUCCAAAACAAGUUAAAGCGGUUUCAUCUAAUUUAAAAAUCGGCAUAAUUGGUAUCUUUUACUAAUAAUUUCUUUAGGUUACAAAAGAAAGUUAGCUGUAAGUAUCUGUAAAUAGCGGAUUCUCAGAAGGCAUUUGAAGUGGGUGUUAAAACAAGCUCCAACCAGGGCCUUUGCCUGGAGUUCACUAGAUGGAUCUGGCAAAUAAAACAGGUAAUAUGCAAAUCAGAUAACUCUUGGUUAUAACAUUGAUAAACAGUUUAACCUAAGUAUUCCAAAUAGUCUCAACACUAGUAUAACAAUGGUCUCUUCCUUAGUAUGUCUAUGCCAUGUCUUUUCUGUGAAUGCAUGUGUAUUAUAAUAGACUCUACUGGUAUUCAGUUCUUCAAAGUAUUUAAACACCCACACACUCAUUCUCUCUGCACUAUCCAGGCCAGAGUUAUCUUCCUUAAAAGGAUCUCAUUAUGCUAAUUCCUCACUGAAAAUAUUCACUGACUUCCAGUCACUUAUUAUAGUGAUUCUCAAGGAUAGCAGCACUUUAGAAUCUCCAAGUAAGCUUUUCAAAAACACCUUUAACUGGACUCCUUUCUCAGAGAUUAUAUUUUCUUUGGUAUACUUUUCUUAUUAAUGGCAGCACAUAGUAGUAGGAGUCUAAAAUGGUGUUAAAGCAUCGAUUCUUAUAACUUGCUUCUCUUUGUCCAACACUGUUAUAUAUUCAUCUUAUGUUCCAGUCAUGUAAAUCAAUUUUCUACCCACGUUUUCACCCUCGGAUACCAGUCCUAUAUAUAUCUCAACCUUUAACACUCAGCCAAACAUCAUUUCUAUGUCUUCCCUGCAUCUUCCAGGCAAUUAUUUGCUUCCCCCUAAGGUUUACAGUGGAUUUUGUAUUACAUUUGAAUUGCAAUAGUGUGUUGUUCUAUAAUCCCAACUCUCCUACAAGUCUAGGAGCCACCUGGGGUGAGUCAAUAACAUUUCUUGACCAAAAAUUUAAUGAUUUGUUCUUUCUAUAGUUUUGGUAUUACUGUGGAUCUCUCUCAUCCUUUUGUUGUAUCACUCCAUGUCUUUGCACACAUGACUUUAUCACCUUCUCUUUCCAUGAUCCCUCUAUCUCUUAAUUUCUCUUGACCUUUUUUCAAUGUUCCACAUUUUCUUUCUACUUUAUGAGAUCCCUCCUUUUACUGACUAUAACAUAGGAGAAUGUAAGUAUAUUUUAUAUUUAUUAAGAACACUUAAUGCUCCUUGUUCUAAAUUUUUGAAUUGAGUGAAUGGAAUAUCAUUUCCCUCCCUGAGGAAAAUUUAGAGAAUAAAAUUGUUUCUUUAUAGUUAGCAGCCCUAAACUGUUUGUAUUAUAAAACUCAAUAUGUAAAUUUUCCUUAUUUCUGAUUUCAUUCAACAAAUAUUUAUUGAGUACCUGCUAUUAUCACCAAAAAAAAAAGUGCUAUAAGCAUUAUUCUUCUGUUAUUGUUUCUUGUAUCUCAAGAAAGUUAGAGUUUGAUAAUAGGUUUAAGUCACAGUGCCUUAAACAGGAGGCACUCAAAUAUUUGUUGAAUAUACAAAUGAAAACUACAGUGUGAUUUUUGAUAGUUCAAAGGAUUGUUAUGUAUAACUUUACUGAGGCAAAUGCAGCACAAAAUAAAAUACUAAUUUUAAAAUAAAUAUCAAAUAACUCCUUA